UCCGCGGUGUGCCGCCUUGCGCGUCUUGGAUGCCAAGAACUGGACCGCCCUUGCCCCACAUCCACAAUCAACGAUGACGCGGACGGGUGGUUCCGUUGUGUGCCACGAUACUCAUUGAGAACUUAGAAGGAUCAACAACCACAUCAUCAUCACUUUCAUCAUCAACACCAUGUCCAAUACUGUUCAGUACCGCUCCCUUGGCAAGACUGGUCUCAAAGUCUCUGUGCCAAUUCUUGGUGCGAUGAGCUUUGGGACAUCCAAAUGGGCUUCCUGGGUCCUUGACGAGGAACCCGCUAUCGAAAUCAUGAAGGCUGCUUGGGACCUUGGCAUCAACACCAUCGACACCGCCAAUGUUUACUCAAAUGGCGAGUCAGAGAUUCUCAUCGCCAAGUUCAUCAAAAAGUACAAUAUUCCUCGCCACCAGAUCAUAAUCGCCACCAAGUGCAACGGUCUUGUCGCUGAUGAUCCUUCAAUCCAGUCGUUCUUCAGACCCGACCUCAAACAGCUUCCCGAGUACGUUAACCAAUAUGGCCUGUCUCGCGCGGCAAUAUUCAACGCUGUCGACGCGUCCCUCGUUCGUCUCGAGACCCCAUACAUCGAUCUCUUUCAGAUCCACCGUUUCGACGCUACAGUCACCCCUGAGGAGACCAUGAAAGCUCUUCACGACCUCGUACAAAGCGGUAAAGUCCGUUACAUUGGUGCUAGCUCCAUGCGCUGCUGGCAGUUUGCAAUGCUGAAUGACGUGGCGGCUCGGAACGGCUGGACAAAGUUCGUCAGCAUGCAGGAUGAGUACUCGCUACUCUACCGCGAGGAGGAACGUGAGAUGCUAGCUUAUUGCAAGUACAAUGGUAUCGGUGUCAUCCCGUGGGCUCCCCUAGCUUCUGGUGUCCUCGCACGUCCCGUUGGCACUGAGACGACACGUCUCAAUUCUCUCAAUGGAACCGCUUUCGAGAAAAAGCUGACCGGUGGAGACGAGACGAUCAUCAACCGCGUCGAAGAGCUUGCCAAGAAGAAAAAUUGCAACAUGAGCCAGAUUGCAUUGGCCUGGGUUGCAUUAAAGGUGUCGAGCCCUAUCGUAGGUAUCAGCUCUCUAGAGAGGUUGCAGCAGAGUAUUAUCAAGGGAAUCGAGCUCACCCCGGAGGAAAUUUCGUACUUAGAGGAGCCGUAUGAACCCAAAGCCGUCCAUGGACAUCUUUAAAUGAUUGCAGCCAACCUGGAGCGCCCAAGAAGAGACGUCAGACAAAAAUCUGUAGCAUUUUGUAAUACCACUAUCGCCGUAACGUACUGAGCAGAGAAUGAUCAUCAUGAUGUCAAUUUCAAAAA